AAAAUUCGCGGAAUAGCUGUCAAAAUUCUUAUCGAUACCUUACAUUCAUCCCUUUUUAUUUUAUCAUGUAGAUCAAAAUACAUUAAUAUAUCCAUCUAUAUUAUUAUCGAAACACAUGAAUUAUGGUAUAAAUGUAGCUUAUUCUAUACAUCUGCUUAUCAGCUGCCAGGAUUACAGAAUUCUUUGACAUAAUCUCCUAUCUCGAACUAUCGCAUGGCCUCUCAUUAGGGUUUACAUCAAGCUGAGUUUAAAAAUUUGGUUUUGAAGUCUUAACGAUUGAAUCUUUGAAAGGUCAUUAUAAAAAAUGAAGGUUUUAGAAUUAUAUAGCGGUAUAGGCGGGAUGCAUUUUGCUUUUAAAGCAUCUCAACCCGUGUAGCAUCAAAUGGUGGAAUGCUUGGCGAAUUGGAAACAGGAAGUGGUUAUGGCCUAAUCAAGGUACUAUGUGGAAACAGGAAGUGGUUUCUGGAUGGACUGAGGAAAACCAAGAGAAACCUGCCAAUAUUCAAAUCAUGCACAUCCCAAAAUACCAGUCUAGAGUGUUAAUGCUACACCAUCCUGCUUGGUAAAAAAAGUGGUAUUAUUGGUGAAGUAAAGGUAGCUGUGGAUAUCAACACCAUAGCCAAUAAAGUGUAUCAACAUAAUUUUCCUGAUACAAAAUUAUUACAGAGGAAUAUUCAGUCUCUUUCAGUGGAUGAAAUAAACGGCUAUGAUAUUGAUACGAUUCUCAUGAGUCCUCCAUGUCAACCUUUUACAAGGGUUGGUUUGAAGAGAGACAUAUCAGACAAUAGAACUUGUUCAUUUAUCCAUCUUCUACGUAUCUUUCCACAUCUUAAUACAAAGUGGAAAUAUUUAAUCAUUGAAAAUGUAAAAGGCUUUGAGAAAUCUGAAGCUUGCAAAGCACUAAUUAAAAUUCUUGAGGAUUUGGACUUCUGCUACCAGCAGUUUAUUCUUAGUCCAUCCAUGUUCUCAAUUCCCAAUACCCGGCAUCGGUACUACCUCAUUGCAAAGAGAAGGCCUCUUUACUUCAACUUCCCACUGCAGCCUCAUAUUAUGGAAAGCCUGCCUGUUCCUUUAAACACAGCCUGCAGCUUUGCAGGAACAGUAUAUGAGAAGAUGGCUGCAUUAAAUUCAAAGCAUAAGUGUCUAGUUCAGGGAAACCCAAAGACCUCUGAAGGAACAUGCUAUUAUUUAAACCAUAUUUUAGAGACAGAUAAAUCACCAAACUACUUUGAACAGUUUUAUGUGCCAGACAGAGUGUUAGAAAAGUAUGCAUGGCUUCUGGACAUCGUUGGGCCGCAUUCAACAAGAUCUUGCUGCUUUACAAAAGCAUAUGGACAUUAUGUAGAAGGAACUGGCUCUGUAUUUUCUCCAGCAUCACCAGAUGUAAUUGCCAAUGCAUUUGAACAGAGCCAUUUACAUUCUCGGGAUACUGGUGCACAGUUGGAAUUACUGAGGGGGCUUGGGCUGCGUUAUUUCACACACCGUGAAGUGGCAAGACUUAUGUGUUUUCCUGAUCAAGCUUUCAGUUUACCUAGUGAUGUUACAAUAAAACAGUCUUACCGCAUACUUGGUAACAGUCUUAAUGUGCAUGUUGUUGCAUUGUUACUUCUACUGAUGACUGCAGGAGACAACACUGCAUGUUGAUUGCACAUUCAUCCAAAAUGGUGCUUGCUGAAAGAUAUGGUUUGUGCCACCUUGAACAGUUUGAUUAUUGAUGUAUGAAAUCAAAACUUUAACAGUAGAAAAAUAAUUUGGGUAAUAAGAUUAAGAUUUACAUGUGCAAAAUGCUUCCAUGGCAUUUCGUAACAUUGCUAUUUGAAGUGAUAAAUGAAGAUGUACCAGGCAUGUAUUUUUACAAUACAGUUUGUGCUUUAUAUUUGCAGGAAAUCUAAAUAAAAUGCUUGAUUGCAUUAAAGGUAC